CCGCGGCCAGCGGCCCGAGAUAAAUACGGCGGCCGGGACAGCAGCGCAGCACUCCAGCGAGUCCUGCGCUCCCUGCACUCCUCCCCAGCGCCCUCCGCGAGCCCAGGACCCCACUCCGCACCCCCGACCCCGCAGCCCUCCACGCCGGGUCUCUGCAGCCGGUCCCUAGCCGACCCCAGCACCCCGAGCACCCGCCCAGGGCGGCGCGUCCCAGAGGCUGCUGGGCCGGUCCCGUCCAUCAGUCCGUCGCAUCCAUUGGUUUGCGGUGCCAUGCCAUUCCUCGGGCAGGACUGGCGGUCCCCCGGGCAGAGCUGGGUGAAGACAGCCGACGGCUGGAAGCGCUUCCUGGAUGAGAAGAGCGGCAGCUUCGUGAGCGAUCUCAGCAGUUACUGCAACAAGGAAGUAUACAAUAAGGAGAAUCUUUUCAACAGCCUGAAUUAUGACGUUGCAGCCAAGAAGAGAAAGAAGGACAUGCUGAAUAGCAAAACCAAAACUCAGUAUUUCCACCAAGAAAAAUGGAUCUAUGUUCACAAAGGAAGUACUAAAGAGCGCCAUGGAUACUGCACUCUGGGGGAAGCUUUCAACAGGCUCGACUUCUCAACUGCCAUUCUGGAUUCCAGAAGAUUUAACUACGUCGUACGGCUGUUGGAACUGAUAGCAAAGUCACAGCUCACUUCCCUGAGUGGCAUUGCCCAAAAGAACUUCAUGAACAUUUUGGAAAAAGUGGUACUGAAAGUCCUUGAAGACCAGCAAAACAUUAGACUAAUACGGGAACUACUCCAGACCCUCUACACGUCCUUGUGUACUCUGGUCCAAAGAGUGGGCAAGUCUGUGCUGGUCGGGAACAUUAACAUGUGGGUGUAUCGAAUGGAGACGAUUCUACACUGGCAGCAGCAGCUGAACAACAUCCAAAUUACCAGGCCUGCCUUCAAAGGCCUCACCUUCACCGAUCUGCCCCUGUGCUUACAACUAAACAUCAUGCAAAGGCUGAGCGAUGGCCGCGACCUGGUCAGUCUGGGCCAGGUGGCCCCCGACCUGCACGUGCUCAGUGAGGACCGGCUGUUAUGGAAGAAACUCUGCCAGUACCACUUCUCCGAGCGGCAGAUCCGCAAGCGAUUAAUUUUGUCAGACAAAGGACAGCUGGAUUGGAAGAAGAUGUAUUUUAAACUUGUGCGAUGUUACCCACGCAAGGAGCAGUACGGAGACACCCUUCAGCUUUGCAGACACUGCCACAUUCUCUCCUGGAAGGGCACCGAUCACCCGUGCACAGCCAAUAACCCUGAGAGCUGCUCCAUUUCACUUUCACCCCAGGACUUUAUCAACUUGUUCAAGUUCUGAAUACCAACACACGACAGCACCCUAGAAGGGGUUCCCCUGCUGAUUGGAUGGUUGUGAAUACAGAGUUUGGACACUUCGUUUGUAAAUAGUGUACAUUUUAAACACUGGCUCGAAACUUCUAAGAUAAGUCAUUGACAGGACAUUGGAGGGGAGAGAUGCAGUUGCUGGCUGGGAAUUUCAGCAUAUGGACUUCUCAUUAGAAUUGGUAUAAAAAAGCAGAAAUCCUGUAAAUAAACUUUUUCCCCUAAUGAUUUGCCAGCAAGACUAUAAGGGCAGGAAUUCUAUUUCAUCAGUGAAAAUGGAAUUCUUUUGCUGUUCACUGAAACUCCUUUAUAGUUCCCUAGAGAUGUGGAAGAAAGGGGGGCAAAACUCAAAUGCAAGAUAGAAGGCUCUUUGUUUACAAUGUGAAAACGUGUUGGAAAGAAGAAGAAGAACUACUAUGAGAAAUCCCUGGGCUUUUGGUUUUGAUUUGGGGUUUGUUUUGAAAAGACAAAGGAAGUACCACUCAUCUUAAACCCGCAUGGGUACAGGGCCUUAUCUUCUGAAGAUAUCACACAAUAGUCUACCUCGGAAAGCUACAAUGCUCGCUCUGACAAAGUGCAUUGUCCAGUAGGCAGUAUCUGUUUUUCUUGUUUCUUCAUCAUAUAAAAAGUGAUUCAAAGCAGGAAGAGAUACCGGAGGCAAUCCUCAUCAUAUGUCAGACUUCCUUUUUAGACAAAUGGGGCACUCUGGGGUUGCCUCUUUUUCUAGAACAACCCCAAAGCACACACGCCUUUUUCCUUUUCAUGUUGUAGCUCAUUCGGGGCAACAUAAGGCCAAUCAAUUAAAAACAAUCCCAGAGAAAUUCCUGCCACAGAAAAGAUGGGAUUAGUCACCCAAUAGCUGUGAAGACUUUCUGAUUCCUGUUUCACUUCUGGCCUUGUCUGGGUCCCUGGGUAUCUUCACGGAUAAGCCUAUCUCUGGGGGCUGUUUGGAGCCAGCGUGCUGAUAAAGGCUUGUAAAACAGGUUUUACGUAUCAGCUGCUGUUCCUCUUGCUGGGUGAUGAGUUGAGGAGUUUUCUUUACACCUAACUUCAAAAUUUAGUCAACCCGAGCUAGGGCUUCUUGCAAGGAUGAUAAAGUAAAGCCUGGAGUUCCAGCCGGAUAGGGAGCAGAGGUGCCGUGAGUUCAUCCUGAAUUUGCUCCAUGCCCCAGGGCAGCCUGCUCGGCAGACACCCGCAGGUAACUAUGUGGAAGAUGGAAAUCUCAGGACUUAAGGAGUCAAUAUUCCUGGGAGGGAAUGGGGGAUGUUCUUGUUUUUUACUUUUUUAUAGAACUCUGCUUUUCUACCACAAUGUACAUAUUUUUUGCAGUUGUAACUGCUUUCCUUUUUUUUUUCUUGUAAAUACAGUGGCCACCCUGCGUGACCUUGGCAAGUAAAUGAAGCAGAAAUAGGAAAUUAGUUCACAUGUACGUUGAAGAACAGUGUAUUCUUAGGGGUUGAACUUGUGGGGUGACCUGGAUCAGGAAAGAUGGUUAAGAACGUACAAAAACAAGCCAAGGGACCAGCUAGUGAUGUAGGAGCCCUUCAUGCCCUUCCCUCAAAGCACAACCCAAGUACCAGCGUUCGGAAGAAAACGCGACUGUUGGUCGCUAUUCCUCACGCUUUGCCAGGUCUGUGCCUCCUCCAGGGUUCCUCGGUCUCGUUUUUCAUUAUCACCUCCCCCCACCCCAAGAAGAAAAAAGUAAAUUGAACUUCAGUUCUGGAAAAAAAAGUAAAUAUUAAAGAAUAAGAUCUCGUUGGGUAAGGUUGAGUUUUGGAGGGCCACGAACCACUGUAACAUGUAACGGGGAUUUUUUUUUGCCCCCUUUCCUCCCUGCACCCCACCCCCUCCCUCAACAAGGUCAUGUUGAGAAUGCAGAGUCCAGACUGUGAACUAAAAAGCUCAUUCUUCCAUAAUUCAGGCAUGUUCUCUUAAAGGUCUCAGCUUCUUGCAAGAUGUGGGGGGAGCUGGCUUUGUCGUUGCUGUGAGAGCUCUGGCACCUUUGACUCUGGCAUUUUUAGGCCUUCAUGGCCCUCCACAUCUUGCCCCCAACUCAUCUGCUUCUUCGUGCUGAUCAAGCCAGGGGAGUCUCCUCAGCACCUUCAGGUUUGCAGCCCCAGAAAUGUUGCCUGCUUUGACGGUCAGCAUGAAACGAGCGAACCAGUGUCACAUGGACUGCCGGCGGUGCUCAGGAUUGCACAGCCCACCCCAGGCAGCGGGAGCAUCUGUGCACCACGACCCCACCCAACGGACAGGCUGGUGGUUUUCUGAAACGCUUACCCAGAUGGUGCCUCCGGACUCUCCCCAUCUCCUUUGGUGUAAUUGGAGGUAGUGUGUGACAAGAGUCAAGGAGAAUGUUUAAGGAAAAGAAAAGAAGAAACCAUCAAUUGUGGUUCCCUCUCUUUAGAAGAGGAGAAUGAGGAAGGAACUGGCAGGUGGAGAGGGAGCGGGGAAGGAGUAGAAGGGGCGUGUCUUUGACGCUAUGGUUUGUGUGAGGGCGGCGGGUGUGAGCAUCUGAGUUGGUGCCAUGGGGUAGCUGUGAAGUAUGGCCAGAGCCUUACAUAUUAGUAAAGUUAAAAAGAAAACACUUAUUCCCUGGGCACUAAUCGUCUAUAGAAUGUCUAGUGGUAAACCCUUCCAGGACAGCCUGACCUAAAAAACAAAACAAAGAAUCCCUGUCUCAGAACUGCUGGCCUAAAAGCCAGAAGGGACAGGACACUCUGUUCUCUUUGCUGUACCUACCUACCCCCACCCCAACCCUAUAAAGCAGAAUUCAAAAUUGAUGUCAAAUAUGAACGUAACCUGGACUUCCAGGGAAGCAAAGAGCUUUGUCCAGGGCAGUGGGAGCAGAUCCACUGGGGUGUCAUGGCUUGGUUCAACUCAGAGGUUUCUGAGCAAUGAUCCCACAGUUUCUUGAGAAUCAGGCACAGCAUUUGCGGAAAGGAGACUUUGCGAAAGCCUAGGAGGGCAGACUUCAUAGCAGGAUCCAGACAUUUUAAACUAGAUCGCGUUAUUAUUACUCAGUGCAGACGGAUCAGUCACGUGGGAGGAUGGUGGCACAAACUACAAGGUAAAGGCAUCCCCCAUUUCAGAAAGGUCAGUUGGGAGAGGACCUUUGUUUAGUGAUGAUCAAUUUUCUGUUGAGGUGGCUCAGAGGAGAUAUUUUGGAUGGGCUGGGUUGACACUGCAAAACUGUUACAGCAAGAACCGGGCGUUCCUUGGCAAUGAUGAAGGAAGGUAAGGAGCGUGUGUUGCGUUAUCGCCACAGUUCUCUAUUGAAAAACUAUUUUUCAAGAGGAGCUUGCAAUUAACAGAGGCUCCUUGUUUUCCGUUGUCUCUAUGUGGGAGAAGAGAAAGAGCUUGGAAUUUCAUUUGUCUAAGCAAGUGGUGUGAUUUACAAGAAGUUCAGUCAUUUCAACAGUAUAUCAUGCUUAGCGUUCAAUACAAUGUUUAUCAUAAAAUAUGCACCUGAGUUUAUAUUUUUCUGCCAGGCUGUAGGGCCAUAAUGUCUUGCUAUGCAAACACUCUAUUUUAUGUGUGAAUUUUUUUAACUGUAAUUUAAUGUGUGAAUUUUUUUUAAACUAAACUCUAUCAUCAUUUUCUAUGUUGACAUCGGCUGUUUUUUGUUAUUGUUGUUUUUAAUCUGUUUCCAAUUCUCUAAGUCUGUGAAACAUCCCUCUGACUGGAUGCUGGCCUAAAACCUUAUUAGUGUUUAAACAGACCUCAGAAACACCCUGAACCUCUAAGCAAACACAGAGAUGGGGCUUUUUGAUAUAUCUUGGGCCCCUGAUGUCUUCAACAAACAAAAUUGUAAUUCCUUUACACUUAGCGUUUUCUGUGGAUGCUUUCUUUUGUGUUUUAUUAAGAAGAGUCAACCCUCCGUGGUUUUCCAAAGGAAGGAAACUUCUCCCCCAGACUUUAGUGCUGGAAGGGAGGCUAGAGAUGCUGGAGUCUGGCACUCCUCUGCCUUUCAAGAUGAGGUAGUGGGUCCAGAAUAUUUAGGGGACGUGCUUCAGCCCACCUGGUACUCAGCAGUGGACCUAAGCGUAAACCUGGAACUUUCUGAGGCUUGACUUUGUGCCCCCUGCCCCAGCACCUUUAGUUGUGGCAGGACACCCAGGACACCUGACCUGAUUCUUCUCAAGACCUUCACUGUGGGACAGCAAGUUUAUAUCCACUGUUAGGUGUCUGGCCAUUAAUUUUUCCAAACAUUUAAGUCCCUGAUUCUUCCUGGAGAAGUUAAGGAGCCACUUAAUGAUUUUACAGAACUUUUGUGAGUACAGCAUACUAGUGAGUACAAUCUGCUUGCUCUAAAGUAAGCAACAUGUUUUGAUAAAUGCAUUUUCCCCUGGGUACUUAGAUUUUAAUUAUAAAGGUAGCCCCUGAGACAGGUAACGGCUGAGCAGCUGGCUUGCUUUCUAGAAACUGAGGUUCUGAUGGUAACCAAGUAGGUAUUUCCUCUCCCCUUAGACUAAGAGGUACAUUUAAUCCACCCCUCCCAUCUACUGGUCCUCCGGUACCUGCAGUGAGAUCCAGUGAGCUUCCAGAAGAUCACUUUCUGCUAAACCUCACCUUCACCAAGCAAAGGGGGAUAAUUUCACAAGGCAGCAAGGAGCAAGGGACCACGAUAUUCAUGACUUUGUCUGCUAGGCAUUUUUCAAAGUGUCCUUGAACUCAGCAAACAAAGCUUCCUGAGAGAUCUCUCAAAACUUAGGCCCUGCUCCAUUUGGCCAAAUAUGGAUGGCUGCUUCAAAACUCUAAACUUCUUGAAACUCCAUCUGCUACAACUUUACUUCUGGAGGUUGAAUAUGACUUUUUCUGUCUUUGAGUAUAGAAAUGUUUGUUUUGUUAACGAUACACAAGUCUGUUAAACAGAAAGCUCUAAGCAGCGCUCUACACUUGAGAACUCUUGGCGCCAUCUUUAUUCUACCAAGUGCCAAUCACCCUGGUUAAAGGGGGUAUAUAUUAAAGUCCAAAUCCUAAGCUUAGAAGCUUUAAUGUAUUUUUUUUAAAUGAAAAAUACUAUAGAGGGUUGGACAUUGUAACUAAAAGUAUAAGGUUAGACCAAUUACAUGCAAAGAUGUUUAUUUAAUAUUGUGUGGGCUGAGUCCUUCUGUAUAAAUUAUUUGCACCCUCUUCUUGCAUGAUGAACUGAUUUUUUUAUAGUUGUUUGUACCAGACAGUGGCAUAUUUUUGUAAAAAUUUUUUUGACACUGAAUUGCAAUAAAAUGUUUUUCCAACAACA